CUUGCUAGCUUCAUUGGAAGCAAGCAAUUGGAAAUCUAGGCAGCCUGGCGAAGUUUACUUUGUCAUGAGCUGCUUGUCGCAACUAUCAUCGUACACUGCUGCUUUGAUUACGAGGACCACUUACUUCGUUAGCACACGUUCUCUGUAUGGAUGUUCUGUCUUUUCAUGGAAGAGGAAGUUAGAGUAUCCUGCUAUUAGGUCUGCCCAUUUAGAAUUUGUGCUUACAAGGUUUCGUGUUCAGUGCUAUUCAUCUAGAAAAGGCCGCAAAUCUGCUUCUAAAUUGCAGAAGCUAGAACCUGAACCAGUGAUGGAGCAAGAAAAGGAUGCUUUUUUUGUCGUACGUAAAGGGGAUAUCGUUGGUAUCUACAACAGUCUCAUUGAAUGUCAGGCUCAAGUUGGAUCUUCCAUAUGCAAUCCUCCUGUUAGUGUGUACAAGGGAUACUCCCUGCCUAAGGACGCUGAGGACUAUCUUGUCUCACGGGGACUAAAGAAUGCCUUGUACACUGUAAGAGCUGCUGAUUUGAACGAGGAUAUAUUUGGUACUCUUGUUCCUUGUCCCUUCCAGGAUCCAGCUUCUUUGGAGGCAGGCACAUCAAGCAAUGCCGCAUCUAAAAAGAGAUCUUUGGGUGUGCUUGGACAAGAAAACGUGGAGGAAGGAAUUGGUGUGACAUUCCUCUCUGAAGACCCAUUGAAAAAACAAGUGAAGUUAGAUCAUUCUGCUUUGGCUCAAGUACCAUCAUCUGAAUUGGUGAGUAGAAACAAUAAGAAGAACAUCCAUAGGGAGCUUAAAUUUGCUUCCCAACGGAUUCCUGGCAUAGUUGAUAUAGUCCCAGCUGUUUCUGGUAACAAGAAGACCAGGGACCCUGUUUGCAAGGGCUUUGCAUUUGUUUAUUUCAAGUGUGAAGAGGAUGCUGCUGUGUCUGCUAGUCUGGAAUCAAGCCAAGAUGAUACUAAUGCAGCUACGCCACAGCUCAUAGUCCCAGCCAUAGAAGAAAGCUCAAAUGAGGAUUCCAAUAUGGAUAAUUCUGCAUUCAGUUCUCGGGAUGAGACUGCUUCUUGCUCCGAUGAAUUGGAUGCCAAAUAUAGAACAGAACAGGUUGAAGAGAAUGAAGACUUUGGGAUCUGCAAAGAGUCCAAGAUAAAGGAGAAGGCAGUUUUAAGUGAUGUUUUCUCCAAAUACGGAACAAAAGCUGCUUUUUCAAAGGAUAGUUAA